CCUCGACUCCCACAGGCACCGCCCAUGCCACCUGCCACCUCACUCUUUCUCACCUUUUCUCCUCGUCUCUUGUCUUCAUUCAUAUCGUGCUCGCUCUCCAUCUUCUGAAGGUCCUCUGCCAGUCCGUAAAAUCAACUCUCGCCUCGUCGGUGCACGCCAACCUUCCAGUGUGCCGCAAACCGGAGUAUUCGGCCCUUUUGCUAAGCUGCGCCUGCGCUUCUCGCGCCUACAGUAGCUGCACAACCUCACGCAGAGAGCAGAAAACAACAUCCAACCAGGCGGGGUCUAUUGUCCUGUUCCCAUCAUCAUAUCAUCAACCUCCUGGACGACGUGUCACUGUUGACCUGCCUGAGACCAUCACUUCGCACGAUAUUCGCUUCAUCGUCCAGCUUCUUCACAUCUCCUUGCCCAAUCCCGGCGCUUGCCUUGUCCCAGCCGUCACGGUCAUUUAAGCGCCCAUCUUCUACGGAUCUCCUUCUUUGCGUGUGUCACUCUUCCAGAAGGUCCGAAGAUUUCAGACCUGUCUCAGAUAGCUCGCAUUUCCAGAUACGUCAUCGGGGUUCAACCACAGGCACGGCAUUGCCAUUGUUAGCGCCCGUUUGUCUCAGGCUCGAAUAUCUCUCUGAUCCCUUUUCACUAGCUCAGGAGUCGCCGCCUGCAGGAGUACGUCUCUAAACACUUAUAACGAUCAAAUCCCAGUGGCGAGCAAGGUGAUCAUCAGGUUGGCAUGCAACGACCGCAAAAAUGGGAGAGAUUGAAUACAAACUCAAUCCAUACCCGUCACCAUAUGACGAAGCUCAACGAGCAAACGACGUGUCUUCUACAUCAACCAACUUCUAUCCUCACCCAGACAGUCCAGAGGUUCACCAUCACAAGCGCAAGCGGUCAGGCUCAAGCUCUGACGAGAUGGUGAGAUUGACUCAAGGACCGUCAUCCGAGUACAACCACUUCAACCAAUCUGGAUCACACCACGUGGUCACCGCCAAUCGAGCACUGCGCGAGCUUUCCAAAUCUGAUCGCGACCCAGGCGAUCACUACCCCCAUGAGAACGGCAACGAAUAUGGACGUAGUUGGCAACCUGAGGUUGCUGUCAAAAGUUCUCCUUCCAGUGGACCCGUUGCUCAGUUCGCGGAUUCCUCACAACAAGACACAAUCGAAGUGUUGCAGCCCCGGACCAACAGAGUAGUCGCCCAGUCGACGAACGGUGUGGCCUCUCAGUCAAACGGUGUGGUCGAUGAGUCAACGAACGGUAUGGUAGCCCAGUCGACGAACGGUGUGGCCGGCCAGUCAAACGGUGUGGUCAGCCAGUCGACGGACUACCCCCACACAUCAUACGGAGGACAAGAGCCUGACCCUGAACAAUAUCACCCAGAUUCUUCUCCGGGUGUUGUGGUGAUUGGUCCCAAGCGAAAACGUAAUUUCAGCAACAGAACAAAGACAGGAUGCUUGACCUGCCGGCACCGGAAGAAAAAAUGUGACGAGCAACGCCCAUGGUGCCUGAACUGCACCAAAGGUGGAUUUGCAUGUAGGGGCUACAGUAAGUCUACAAGGUCUACUUGGACAAACAAGCCCAAUCCGGCCAACGGCGGUCCGCCUCUGCAGUCGAAAAACGGCCAUGUCGAAGUGUCGGAGCAACCAGCUCAUGAUGGUCUUCAUGAUGGUCUUCAUGAUGGUCUUCAUAGUGGUCUUCAUGAUGGUCUGCAUAGUGGUCUUCAUAAUGGUCUUCAUAAUGGCCUUCAAAUCGAUCCGCCACCACCGAUCAAUCCUGCCCCUACUCACAACGGACCUGGCCUAGAGCGGCCGGCUCAACCCAACCACCAUGGCAACCCCCGUCAGCAAUACUUUGUGCCAGAGAAUCCAUCUCAUGGACAACAUAUACCAGCCCCUCCUCAGACUGAAGCCGGACGGCGGCCGUACUAUUCACCUCCGCUGGCAUAUCCUCCAUAUAACCCUGAUCCGCUUCCACUUCCACUUCCACGGCUUCCCGAACUCGUUCGUUCAGAACAAUCUCCAGCUUCUUAUCCACCAGAAAUGACGAGACCAACAAAUCAAAGCCCACCUUAUCCCCAGCGUGGCGGACACCCGCUACAUUACCAACCACAGCCACGCCCUGAUGACGCACCGCUUCCGCGCCUUACACCGUCACACUUGCCCUCUGCGACUCACUCUCAUUCUUCUUCCCCUCCACAAACACGCACGCGGCAGCCAUGGGUUCCAGCGUCGCAACAUGAGACGCAGCCAUCAUACGUUCAAGCUGCAGCAGAACCGGUCGGACAGUCCGUCCAGGUCCCGAUCAUUUCCGAACCGCACGUAACCAAGCAUUUCAACAAGGAGGACAUUCAGCGCUCCCGGAUGCUGAGACAGUCAUCAUACAAUCACCUCGACGAAACAUUGCGAAACGAGCGUGCCCGAUGCAAGCGGGCUCUUGCACGCUACAACAACGCAUGUGACAUCGACAGUGGCUUGAGCGCAACACAAAUUCGUGAGCUGUUGCUGAUGGUGUUUGAUCCCAGCAAAGACAAAAUCCAUCGACUUGUUCCAACCCCAGCAAAAGGCUUGCUCAGUCCGGGCGUGGUGAUCGAGGCGCCAUUCAGAUGCUCAUACGGCUAUAACAUCCACAUCGCUGAAAACGUUUUCAUCGGGGAGAAUUGCACCAUUGAUGAUGCUGCCCAGGUUGAUAUCGGAGCGAGAACGCACAUUGGCAGCGACGUGAUCAUCUAUACAGCAGACGUUAGCAAGGAUAUGGUUGAUCGCAAGGGCGCUGGCGCUCCAUGGGUUGCCAAAAGAGUCAAGAUUGGGGCGGAUGUGAUCAUUGGCCGUGGAGCGGUCAUCUUUCCAGGUGUAGAGCUCAAGUCUUCAUGCACCAUUGCGCCGUUCGAAUUGGUGCGAGAGAAUGUUGAGUCUCUUCAAGAGCUGCGGACUGGUUCCACUCGAGGUAGACUAAAUUGACAGACCGCUAUAGUAUGCAAUCCCGCGGUCGAUGAAACUGUGUUUGGGGACGGCGCAAUGCAAAUUUCCAGUUUAGUUUACCCCGAAAUCACGCGAAAUGUGC